CACAUACCGGAAAUAGGAUAAACAUUUACAGUCUAAUGGCACGAGAGGAAAACAUUGUUACAAUGGUCAUAAUAACUAAUUUGCCCACCCCAAUUUGAUGUAAAAUGUCAGAAGAGGAGACAGAACGACCGAGUUCAAGCUUUGAAUAUAUAACUAGUUUGACACGAGCAGGUAGAGACGAACUAGAAUCAAGGAGAGUUGAAUUGCUAGUGCAUUCAAGUGACUCUGAAGAGGAAGUGGAUUCCCAUCCCAUAACUUUCCAUGAAGUCAUGAUGAGACCAGGCUCCGUUGGCGAAGCUUUCUGUAACUGUUACAAGUUUGGCAGAGAUUUGGAAUGCAAAUGUGGAGAAGAUGAUACUGUUGCAGAGUUUGAGUGGGUAUGGGACAACAAUGCCAAGUCUGCAGCUACAGUAAUAGGCCCUGACCGGCGCUAUGUCAAGUUCCAUCCGGAUUACAGCUGUGGAACUGCUGUUGCUAGGGGAACACAACCCAUGAAGGAUCACCAGUACUACUGGGAGAUUAAAAUGGUCACGCCAGUUUAUGGUACAGACAUGAUGGUUGGAGUGGGCACAUCACAGCUGAACCUUGACAAAUACAGACACAAUUUCUGCAGUUUUCUUGGCAAGGACGCAGACAGCUGGGGCUUGUCCUAUACGGGCCUGGUACACCACAAGGGAGAAGCUAAGAAGUUUGCUGGGAGGUUCACACAGGGCUCAAUUAUAGGGGUACAUUUGGACAUGUGGAGAGGAACCCUGACUUUUUAUAAAAAUAGGAAACUGUUAGGAACAGCUCAUCAUGGUUUGAAUGGCAAGGCCCUGUAUCCUAUGGUGUCAUCCACAGCAGCUAGGAGUGGAAUGAAGAUAAUAAGGUGUAGAUCCUUUAGGACUUCUCUACAGUUUCAGUGCUGCCAAGUGCUAAGGUCAUGUAUUCCACCAAAUUUGAAUGUUGCCGAGGCCAUUGACAUGCCUCCUGGACUUAGGGGAUUCUUAUUUAAUAACUUGGACUGGUUAAUGAGGCCCUGUGAGGCAGCAGAGGCUCCGAGAAGCAAACGGAGUAGCUGUCGAGGUAUGAAACGUAGAUGGGCAGAUUUGAGUCAAGAAGAUGCAGCAUCAAGCAGUACAGAAGAACCAGGACCAUCAUCAUCAUCAUCUCCAUCGUCGUCAUCGUCAUCAUCAUCAAAGAGAUUUAAAACGUAACAGCUGUCAUUAUGUGUGGAACAAUAAAACAAUCAUGAAAGAAUGGGCAGCAGACAUAAGUUAUGAAUGUGAAGUCACACAUUAUUGUGAAAAUUGCUGAUUGCUGACAUCUAUUAAUAUGAAAAUACCUGUUUGUAGGGCUUAAUAGCAGGCAGAAAGCAUUGAUAAUUGUAAAAAUGCCUUUCUUAUAGUUAAAGAACAGGCAGAGAUAAAUGUGAAAAUGCCUGUCUUCACAGUUAUAUUUCAGGCAAAAAUCACUGCCAAAUACUUAAGUGCCUGCUAGUGACUUUGAAGAUGAAUGGAAAAACAUUAUUAGUAGAGAAAGUAUCUACUCAAAACUUAUAAAUGUUGACAGAAAUGGAUUUAAAUGGUUUUAAAUGGUUUUGAAGAGCAGGCAAAACUUAUUGGUAAGUGUGAAAGCAUCUACCCAAUACUAUAUUAAUGCCAAAAUAACAUGAGACUCAUUAUUGGAGGAUGGAGUUCUUUAGCUGUACAAGGUGCUCUGCAGAACAUUGUGUACUCCACUGGAAGUCUUCAAAAGUUCUUGUGUCAGUGGCUGCUAGGAUGAGAACUAUUCUCAGAUUAAGCGCAACAGAUGCUUAUAGUACAUUUUCAAAGAUUUAAUGUAAAAAAACUAAAUGUUGGACAGGCUGAAUAUGUUAUGUGUACAGAUUGCACAGUUAUGUGUCACUAUGGUAGUCUAAAAAGUAUGCAUAAGUACUACUAAGCAGUAAUUUCAGACAGUUCUGCAAGAUGUGAAAUAUUUUACCCUGAGAUUUUAAUAGGCAUGAACCCUAAGGCUUAUGAUUUUUUAAUUGCACCACAAUAAAUUCACUCCAGAUCCUUCAUAUUUCAUAUUAGGUGACAGAUAAUUUCUUGAAAUAAUUUAUCCAAACAUUUGAUAGAUUUUCUAUAGCAUAUUAAACUUUUUGUAUACAAACUUAUUAUGGUAGAAACUACCCUUGGAACAUUCCACUGAGAUUCAGGGGAGUUUGACCAUUUCUUAAAUAAUUGGAACUCUACCAUCCUCAAAACAGAAUUAUAGAUUAUGUUCAGUGUAUGAAUGAGGGUUUUCUAAAAGUUGAUGUCCAAUGAGCCAUUAAAAUGACAGUUGGCAUCAAAAUAUGAAGCUCAGGGCAGAAAUAUUCACCACAUUUGCUGUACUUGGCAGUAACAUUACAUUUACGUAGAGCAGUCAUGAGUUACUUAGCAACAUGCUGUAAGUGGUCCACUAAUCAAUGAGGAGCAUAAUGAACUGUGGUCUGAUGAUAUUCAUGUUUUCAAAUGUUUAUCUUACUGAAGUAGAUUCAGCAUUUUCAAAAAGCCUGCAGGAAUAUUGAAGCUGCUGCGCAGACUUAGCUUUAUUUAACGAAGAGAAAUAUAAGAAAUACCUAUUUGUUUGUCCUUAUACUGGGUAAUUUGGUGACAUUCGAAAUUUUGUUUUAAUGAUGAGCACUGCCAGUUUCCAGGAUCAGGCCCAGUUUUGUGUUAUAGUGUCCCCAGUAUCCUGUCCAGCUGUAUUUCAGCCUAUCAAUGUAUAGUGUUUGCUUAUGAACCUUUUUGUAUACUCCUUGCAUCAGUUACGUGAGAAAUAUUCUAACUUCAUUUUACAUCAGUCUGCAUACAGAAAGAUGCUUUACUUGAAUAUUGACCUGAAGUUUGCUAAUUCUUUCAAGUAUUUAUUAUAGAUAUAUUCCAAGUUAUACAACAAUAUCCUUUUACCAAAAUAAUGGUUAACAAAGUAAAUUAAACCUCCAUAUAGACAGAUUCUGAUGUAAAUUGUCAAGUAAUGGGUUAUCAAAUAGAUGGGUUUAAUAGUUUAAAAUAAUUAGGAAUUGAACAUAAAAUGUGUUAAGGUAAAAGGUGCUUUUGAAGGAAGACUUCUUGAAUAGAAUAUUUCCUUGAUAUGUCAAGAAUAGGCCUUUAAUUCAUUGUUAUCGAAAGGUCAGUUGUACAGUGAAUUUAUCUUUUUAUUUAAGGGCAGCUCAAUAGAAAAAAUAUUAAAUUAUUUUCUUUCCUUUUUAUUAGUAUAAGUGGAUAAAAGCUCAAGUAAUAAAUUAUUAAGGAAAAUUUUGUUAUUAAGUAUUGCAUUUGUUAUUCAUUGAAAGUAAAUAUAACAUUACAAACUUGUUCUUUACUAUAAAUAAAAACAAAAUUUAUGUUUUCGUUGGCAUUAAAAUUAAAUUUUACUUUGCAUAGAAUGCAGCAUACAAUAAAGUAAUUUACUUAAAUCACUUAGAAAAAUGAAGCAGUGAAACUCAUAAAAGCAGCUGAAAUGUCAAUCACUAGUAAAAUAGCAAAUAUACCUCAGUGUUCAACAAAUAUGUAUCCUUCAAAAGCUUUCGUACGUUAAGAAAAAGCAUUAUAAUAACUAAAGUAUGUGUUAUAAGUACAACUUCCAAGGUAAAAUAUGAGCCUUCUAGUUUAAAACUAAAUUAUGACAGGUCUCACUUCAAUGGAGUAAACUACCUAUGCUGAAGUAAUUCAUAAAAUUAAUACCUGCUUUAAACUACAGUUGCUACAUUUUUGCCCAAAUUUUGGUGAUAUGAAAAGAAAAAUCAUUUUUAACUAUUCAGCAAUAUCAUAUGGAAUCUGAGGAUAAAAAACUUACAGCAUGUUCAAAAUUUUAAGUACUUAAAUCUCAGUGUAGCACUAAAAGGAUUCUUAAUGCCCAGAAGUAUUCUGAAUCAUUACUUAUCAUUUUAUUAUAAACAAAAUUAUUUUCUGUCAUACACAUUAAGUAUACAAAAUAUGCAAAAGUAUCCAAUAACACAUUUUCUACAUUAAGAGUUUCUGUGAGAUUCAUAGUAGUCAGAUCUUGCAGGAAAAAGUUAGCAUUUUUCAAAGUAACCCUGCCAACAUUGCACCAACCCUUUCUAGUAUGCCAGCUGAUAUACAGGGAUAAUACUUAAAACACAUAUGCAGAUCUUUCUGUCCUAUCAAAUGUGUUCAUAUACUUUUUAAUUUGGCAGAUUGUCUUAUUAAUGUAUAUACAAUGACUAAAAUUUUGUCAUUUUGUAAUUCAUACUAAUCACAUUUAUAUAAACAUUUUCUUUAAAAGUAAUCGUUAUCAGUGUAUGCACUCUACAUAUAUCAAAACUACAUAUUCACAAUUGGAUUUGGUUACACGAGCUCAGUUUAUAUUACUUUAUACCACACUGAAUGCAAAAGUAGGGUUUUAAGUCAUGUCAGAUUGUCAUGGCAAAGGAAGUUGUAU